AUGAAGAUUCUCCUUGCCGAGCCUUUGACGCUCUCAGGUAUACCGUAUGACAUUCUCGAACACAUCUUCCAUCAAGUCAAUAGAUUGAAUCGCAAGCCCUUGAAGGAUCUUGCUAGUAUUCGUCUUACAUGUCGUCGACUGAACCAAGUGGUCGUGCCUUUGUUCUUCCGUGAUAUUAUUAUCAACUGCGACGCUGACUAUUUCAGAAUCACUCAAUCGGAAACCCAGCUUGCUGCGCUCGCCAACAAGCAAUGCCCUGCAUCAAGCCUCACGAAGCGGUUGACUAUUGUUUCCUUGUCACCGGACAUCUACAAUGGUCAACCAGAGAACGAUUUAAAGGAAAUUCGACCAAGAUUUUCUGAUCUGGAUAAACAUAUCAAGUCCGCCCUUGACGCUCUGGUCAGCUUGAAGAGUGUCAAUUGGCACUUCAGAUACUUCGAUCCUUACGGGGUUGCCGUCGCCAGCUUGAGCGCUCUUCCUCUGCUCAAGGAUGUCCGUAUCAAAUUCGGAGGUAAAAUACCUGAUCCAUUUCAUCUACCUCUAAGAAAGUUCUCCGGUCUCGAAAAGCUCGCUUUGUGCGAUGCAUAUGGCAAAAUCUCGUUGCCCUCAGAGAUUAUUGGUGAACUGGCACAUGUGAUCGCUAAUAGCCCUCUUCUCUCCCAUCUCGAAGUCAACGUCCACUUCUCUAAACCCUCUCUAUCAUUCCACGAAUUUGUAUCUUUGGCAUCAAAACAGGAACUUUCUCCCGAAAAACCCCCCUUGACGCAUCUGGCGCUCAAUACAGUCAAGUUAUGCAUUGACGCAACCACCCUCCCCUUCCUUCGCUCCCUUACCUCACUUGAUAUCUCGACCUCACCUGGCGUAUACAACUCUGAACUUUGGAAAGGUUUAAUGGACGCCAAAAUUCGUUUGGCCAAUCUCAAGACGGACAUCGUGACGAGCACAUUCAUCGACUACUUGACAUCCUAUUCAGGCCUUCAGAGAUUAACGAUGAAUCUGCGUAUCAUGUACCGUGAUUCUGAGUUCGGAACGACCCACCAUGUACAUGACCUAUUCCAUUCGGCUCUUCCAAUGCACAAGGACUCCCUUACAGUUCUGUCUAUCAAUCCUUCUGGUGAGAUGAGGUGGCGCAUUUGCUCUAAUUUAUUGACACCUCUCUAUACCUGUCAAAAUCUGGUUGAGUUAGGUCUGUUUGUGGCAGAUGAAGGCAAUGUGGAAUCGUUCGGCGUGCCGGACAUGGUCGCUUCCGCCGCGAACUUCCGCCAGCUUUCUAUUCUUCAAAUAUUCCGCGCGGGGCCAAUCAGCGUCAGGGGCUUUGGGAUAAUAGGUCACUUAAUGGACUACCAUAACCAGUUGCGAAAAACUUUCAUGGACGACCUCGCUAGUUUCAAAAUCAGCGACCCGGAACGAUACUUGUUUCAAGUGACUUGCUUUGGUAAAAUUUUUGAGCUCCUCCCUGACCCCGUGGAGGUUGGGAAGUAUAGAUACACUCUUCCCGCUUGAGAUAUAUAUUUUUUGCAAGUGAUUUUGGCUGGGUUAUGGCGGUUACAAAGAGUUCCUAAAUACGUUGGAAGAGUUUUGGCGCCUUGUCAUACUUACUCACAUGUUGAGAGGGAUUGUUGUUU